GCGUUCUUCUUCCCGUAAUGUUUAUGGCCAUAUAUAGGUCGUUUGAAUAAACAAGAGAGAUUAAUUUAGUCUUUGUAAGGUUUUUAAGCAAUGCCGCCUCGUACUUGUGGUAUUUACAUAUCUCAAAUUCGGCCCUGUGUAUGCUAUUUGGUGCAAAUCUAAUCUGAUGCGUGCAGCAACGCCCCACGAACUGCCACCUUGUAAAGGAAACGACAGCCAGUUAGCUAGCCUCUGUUUACAAUUUUGUGGAAGAGAAUAAUUCGUGUCCUGCCGUGCGAAACUGUGACUUUUUAUAUCUCAGAAGUAUGGCGGAGUUACACGUUGUGGAGCCAAGUGGGACUGGCAUCUUAGAACAAUCAGAACACCGUGAAAUUCGCGGCUCGGUAAGGCUCCCCUCGCCCACUCUCUUGAUUCCCCCUCGGAGCGGCAUGUCCAGUCCAGGGGUGUCCAGUUCCAGAGCAGUGUUUGGGUUUCCCAUGAAGAGUAGCCCUACUUCUCCGUCAGAUCAGUCAGAGAAACCGGGGUCCCGAUGGGUCAGGCUUAAUGUCGGUGGAACCUACUUUGUCACUACAAAACAGACAUUGUGUAGAGAACCUAAAUCGUUCCUCUCUCGAUUAUGCCAAGACGAUCCAGAUUUGGACUCUGACAAGGAUGAGACAGGAGCCUACCUAAUAGACAGGGACCCAACAUACUUUGGCCCCAUCUUGAAUUACCUACGGCACGGAAAGCUGAUCAUCAACAAGAACCUGGCGGAGGAAGGUGUGCUGGAGGAGGCCGAGUUCUAUAACAUUGCAUCCCUGGUGAGACUGGUCAAGGAGAGGAUACGAGACAACGAGAACAGGACGUCACAGGGCCCCGUGAAGCAUGUGUACAGGGUGCUGCAGUGUCAAGAGGAAGAGCUGACUCAGAUGGUCUCCACCAUGUCAGACGGCUGGAAGUUUGAACAGCUCAUAAGCAUCGGCUCAUCCUACAACUAUGGCAACGAGGACCAGGCAGAGUUCCUGUGUGUGGUGUCGCGCGAACUCAAUAACUCUACCAAUGGCAUUGUCAUCGAACCUACGGAGAAGGCUAAGAUUCUCCAAGAGAGGGGCUCUCGGAUGUGAGGAGAGACGUGUAGGCACCCCCCCCCCCCACCACCAUCACGUUGCCCCUCUGGUGGGCCAUUAGUUCUCCCUGCCUCCAUGCAUGCCCUAAGGCCUCCUCUACACCCUCCCUCCCCCUUACAUGCAUACUUUCACACACACACACACACACACACACACACGUCCACCCCCUUGUGCCUUUCCGUGGUGGGGCUGAGCUAUGCCCCCCCUCUCUGCAGUGCUGCAACAUCUGCUGACAUUAGUUACCACCACCAUCAGCACUAAACACCACUAAGCGCACACGUAUGUACACACAUACUCAUGUACACACACACACACACACACACAUGUACAUGCACGCAAACAUAUGUAUUCACAGGCAGAUAUCCUCCACACACGCGCACGCACACACACACACACACAGACAAACAAACAAACAAACGUUGAUCGAUAUGUGACCGCUAGCUGAAUCCAUCUCAGUCCAAGCAAAGUACAUAAAACGGUUCCAGUACAAAGGUUACGUAUCGUUUGUAUCACAAGCUACACGGCUUCACUCUCACCAGACAUGACAAAGUGGAUAUAACUGACAUAUUCUACCACCACUUCCUCUGGUGUCGAGUGUGGCCCUGUGUGUGUGUGUGUGUGUGUGUGUGUGUGUGUGUGUGUGUGUGUGCGUGCGUGUGUGUCUGGGAUGGAGGACGAACAUGUGAUACAUGUGUUAAUAUAGCGAGUGCCCUUCACCCCUUGCCUCUACUCUCCACUGCCAUUCCCUUCCUCCACCCCCGCACCCCCUUUUUCACCAACACCGUUACGUCCUCCUGAGGACGGGCAUGGACACGGAUGACCGACUGCCCCACACACUAGCCAACACACAGCCGUCUGUCCCACAGACGAAAAGGCUUUCGAGGGACUUUUACUUCUUUACUUCGCCCUGGAAAAAGAAAACCCACCAAGGAGGAGAUGCCUCCUUGUCGGCGGUCCCUCCUUGUGCUGCUGGACACUCUUCAACGUCGACCAUGAAAAAGAGAGAGCGGAAGAAAACAAGAAGGAAGCGUCUCAUGUUUCUCCUUCACUCAGGUCAGCAUCAGACGUCUCCAGUGACGACGUCGUCCGCUUAAAAAAACACAUCACCCCUGGACAUUUCAGUAUGGCACUGAGUGAAUCACACGGAAACAACCGGAAAAACAAAAAUAUGUGCAAUUGUGAGGCAUGUGAGAUUUAUUAUAACAAGAAAAUGAUAUUAUUGAUAAUAACACAUAAAUAUACAUACAGUGUAAAAGAUUGAAUGCAACGUAACUGUUGAUAUCUGUACCAUAGUGGUCAUAUUAAUGUGUAUCAAAAUGAGUUAUUCUAUGUAUAGUGGGAGAACAGGCAGCGUAUCCCCGCACACCCAACAGUUACUCAUGAAGGUGUGAGUUUGUCUUGUAUCUCUCGUCGACACAUUCUGUGACAAAAAAUAAGCUUCUUCAACCUUGUGGCACCUUUCAUCUUGCCUUGUUUACCCAGUCAUUUUAAGCCUGUUUUUAGAUGUGAAGAUAUGAAUAUUUUGGUUCUCGACAUAUCGUUUCUCACCUAGCAGAGGAGUUCUCACCGUUAUCCCUGUCGUUUGAUCCUGCUCCAGGUUUCUCUUGUUUCUGUUUGUACUGAAACCCCCCAUUGUCUUAUUUUCUUGUGCCGUUUUUACACAGAACUGAAAUGUCAUGGCCUGAACAGGGGAUCUCUUUAUAGGAAGUCUAUGUCCAUACUAGAACAAAACCAGUUCAGGCUGAAGUGGCCCCUGAAGCUGGAAAGCAGGUUAUAAUAUAAUAAUAAUCUGCACACAUAUCAUUUCACUUAACUCACCCCCACUAUCAGGCUUCUUCAAGGCCACUCUGGUCUGCAGAACAGUGGACUGAGACGUCAUACCAUUUCAUAUGUUUUUGGGAUCGUUUCAAUUCCCGUGUUUUCAGUCAGUGAAGCGGCCGAUGGGUUGUAUCCGAUAGCACCAAAAUGAAACUUGGACUUGUCUGUUAUUGUUCAGUCACACUCUUUGUUUUUUGGUUUUCAGCUCUCCGUAGUUCUUUUGGUAUCAGAUUUCAGGUUUGUUGAUGUUUUCUCUCCUCCUGUGUAGAGUGUUUGUGUAGGGGUGACAGGGAGUGCAGUGUUUUUGGCUGAACUGUAGGGUUCUGUGUCAGUGCCCUGACGUCUGUGUGUGUGUGUGUGUGUGUGCAUUUUUGCGUGCGUGCAUGCAUAUUUGUUUGUCCAGUGUUGUGCCUUUGGCCCAGCGUUGUGCACAGUUUACUUCCCUUAUUGUCCAAGCAGAGAGGGCUCUUGUGUUAAAGCGCAUGGGGACUGAGGUCCCCUGGAUCGUAUACAAUAUGAUGGGAUGGCCACAGCCCACCUGUUUGCCCUUGUUUCUGUGUGUUUAGUCAAGAUGGUCAGAUCUUUUUGCCACUGUUACUGACUCCUAUUCUGUGUUCCCCCUUGAACACUCUAACCCCCCCACCCCCACUCACCUCCUGCAUGUUAAGGCUUUCACUGCCCCCUUCUCUCUGUUUAGUAUGGGAAGAUAUGCAUAAUCAUUCAAGGCUAGUGUUUCCUAGCACCACACAUUCAGGCCUGAAACAACUGAAAAAAGACCAUCUCCUUGUAAAGAAAUAUUAAUGGCUCUUGCCCUGUAUCUACGCAACAUCUGACAUACUCUUGAAUGCAGAGCAAGGCCACUGACAGUACCUGUACUAGGCGUCUGACAGAUGCCAUUGAGUACUGUGUUUUUAUUUGGUUUGUUUUGUGCCACACAGUAAGACAUGGAGCAUUUACAAACAUCACUGAGCACCGACAUGUCUUUAAAAUCCCCCUCCACCUCUCCCUCCACCUCCACCCCCCCACCCCACGUUUAAGUUGUUUGAUGUUAAACAAAAAGAUGUCAAGGCAAAAAAGUACUGUUUUCUCUGUGAUGAACGUAAUUAUAAUAUGUACUAUCUUACAAACUCUGGGGAUUUAUAAAAAAAAAACAGUAAUGAUCUAAUAUUUGGCACGAGAACCCUGAGAGCAUGCAUUGUGUUAGAGAAUCUAAUGUUGUGUUCUGGGAUAUGUGUGGCCUUUGUAUCACUGUCAAGUCUAAAUGGUGCAUGGAAUAAGACCGAUGCUGGAAAAGCAAGACCUGGUGUUAAAUGUGGAAUUGCUCUGCAACUCUUGUCCCCUAAAAAAAGCCUUUCUCCAAAUCCUUUGUUAGUCCAGUCCAGUUAAUUAUACAACACAUGCUGGCUUCUGAAGGCUAAUAGCUAUCACAGUCCUGGUUGAAGUUUUGCCCUCAUGGUGAUGGGAUGUAGACACUGGAUGUCUUGUGUGGCAUCUAGUGACAUGUUGUGGACAGGGGCGGUAGGUCAUUGCUGUGACAUUUAAAUGUUUGACUGAUCAAAAUCCAUUCAUAGAAUAGAAGAGGGAAUGAUUUGGAGUCUGCCACAGGAUUUGUCAGUAACAUCUGCAUGCUUUUAUAUACAUACUCUCUCCCAACAAGCAUUGCGAACAUAAGUGAGAAUUCAUUAAAUACAGUUGUUUUGAGCGUGUUGAGUUUUGAUCAGUAUUGAUGUCAAAUGUGAAUUCUGUCCGUUUGGAGACCGUGGAGUUCAGUGUUGCAGAGCCGACUAGUCUCGGUGAGAUUGUCCUUUCAUUUUUUUUUCUUUUCAAUUUGUCUUCUGAUGAUACUUUUAACGUUAAGAUGGCAACUACAACAAUAUCAAAGUCUGAUUUUUAUCAUAAACUGUGUUUGUGUUUUAAAAA